CACACAUCAUUAAUGCCGCAUUUAGUCAUCGCGCCUCGUUGCAGAUCUCGUGGUAAAGCACCGGAUGCACGCAACAAGGUAGCAGCAACACAUGUAUAGGAGGUCUUAAUCUUUAGCAACAUUCAUCAUCAAGUCAUGCAAAUUACAGAGGUCUAUGCAGCUGCGUGAAAGUCGGGUCCGCCUCCCCUACAGUGGGUGAACGAAGGUGCAGGAAGCAUAGGAUCUGAGGAGGUGCAUCUCAAUGAUUGUGAUUUGUACGGUAAGCACAUGCCGGGGCGGAGCGACGAAGCGAUUGACUUCACAAGUGUCGGAACAGUGGGAUACUGGAGGGGUGGUGCGAAAUUGAUUUGUACAUUCUGUUGCAUUCCGACCACCGCAAGCGCAUCAGAGUGGAGUAAAGUUGGAGAAGAGCUUCUGCGUCACACGAAGAAAGCGCGCGAGGCAGCGGACAGUACAUUAGAAGGAUGCUGAGAAGGUGAUCUACUGUUCGCUCCGUGUCGACGCGCUCCGAGGAAAGUUGGAC